AACAAUAUUAAGAAAUUAAAAUUUUAGGUAAGUAAAUUGAAAAAUGAUAGAGCUUUCUUUUCAAAUAAUCCAUAAAUAAAGCAAAGGAUUGAAAUAUUUAUAAAAGUUAGUAUUCAUAUCUAUUUUACUAUAGAUAGCUCUCGCGGAUAUGUAAUGUCCGACUCUUUUAUCUCAGCACAUUCCCAGAUUAGAUUAGGGAUAGUAUGUUCAAAACAUAGUGAAGAUUCCUAAUACUAAUAUCAUGGUAGUAAACACUCUAUAAUAACAAAGUCAAGAUAAUAGCAUAGUUUAUUUUAUCGACAUGACUACCCCUUCUGGUUCAAUCAUCUAGAUAACUUAGCCAUCUUACGUCAUUUUGCAAUUAAUUUAUGUUUAAUAGACAAACUAAUUUCUGAUCACAAACUAAAAUAACAUAAUUGUGGCUGAUAUAUACACUUUUAAGGCAGUAAACGUAUUUCUGUAUGAAAACAUUCAGAACAUAUCUCUCAUUCCAAAAACCAAUUUAGCAAUACUAACUGCAAGAUAAUAAUUUCUUUACAUUUUUGAUUUAGUAAAUAUGAAAGUUAUUAACACUUUGCAAAGCAGCUAAGCAGAUUUAAAUUUAGUAUAAUAUCAAUCUUAAUUGUAUGUGCUUUAACUUGGAGCUCAAGUAAUUGUUACGUCAACUAAUAAGUAUCUCUAUGGAUGGAUAGUAGAUCCAUAAAAUAACUAUAAACCGAUCUCAUAGAAAAUAAUAUCAGAAACUUCAUUUACCUCUUCAUCUACUCAAUAAUAUUAAGUUUUUGCAAAAGAGUUUUCUCAGGAUUUCAUUUUUUAUUCAACUAUUGGGACAAACUUAAUAUCCUCAUUUUUAAUUAAAGACUCUUAAUUAGAUAUUAUUGCGUAAGGAACCUAUCAAAUAUAAUAAGGAUUAAUUACUUAGAUAUUUUCUUUGGAUGACACUUAAAUAUAUAUUGUAAGUAAUAGUCAAUUAUUUACUGUCUCACUUUCAAUUACUCAAUCAUCUUUGUACUUUGCUGCAAAUUAAGCUUAGACUUAACUUUUUCAAGAUAACAAAUAAAAAAUUACAUAAGCAUAUUAUGAUAGCUAUCAUUUUAUUGUAGUUAGCUAAGAUACUUCGAGUUAGUAUAAUAGAAUAUCUUUGAUUCAGUAGUCAAACCCUGCUUUAAUCUCAAAUAAUAUGUUCUUUGAUACAAAAAUAGGUUAUAGGCAGUUUAUUUAUGAAUCCAAUUCUAUUGUCUACUAUGGAUUAUUUUCUGAGCAAAAUUAAUUUAAAUUAUACAUUAGAUCAAGUAAUAUUUAAAGCCAAUCUAAGCAAAUAUAUUUACCUUCAUAGUUAACUAUAUACGAUAACAACAGUAGUUUAUAUCAAGUCAAAAAUUAAUAGUAAGUCAUACUAGUCAAAGCGCAAGACAGCAGCAAUAAUCCAUAUAUUGUUAUUAUAAAUCAAAACAAUUUAUCUACUUAACUCUCUAAAAUAUAAGAAGUUUAAAGUUGGAAUGGCAUAAAAUUGGAUCCCUUCUAUUAUAAUUCUCAUUAUUAUAUAAUUAUAUAUGAUACAACUAAACCAAAUUCAUUUUUGCUAAUUUAGGAUGGAGAUACUUCAUAUUCUUUUAGCUCAGACACUGCUUUAGAUUAAAAUAGCAUAUUGAUUGUAUCUGCUUAAAAUAAUAUCUAUGCUAUUAAUUCAUAAGGGUAACUUGUAAUUUGGAAAAUAGCUGACAUUAUUUUAGCAAAUAAAAAUUCUUCUACUCCUUCAUAAAUAAAUAACUGCAGUUAACCUCAAAUGGCUGAGGAAUUUUAACUAACUUAAACAGAAUAUGUUCUUAUUUUAAGCUGUUAAGAUCAAAGUUUAGUUUAUUAUGAUUUAUAAACUUAUACUACUUAAGCUAUCUAAUUAAAUAAAGAAGCAACACUUUUUAUUAAAUCUUUUAGUUUUAUGUUAAAUUCAUAGAGUUAAAAUAUUUUAGUAGUAGGAGGUAAAUAAAGCAAUAAUGUCUAUAUCUUUUAAUUCAAUUAAAAUAAUAAAAUAAUUGAAUUAAUUUUAACCAUAUCAAGUGGUUAAUUCUAAGAUGCUCCACUUUAUGUUGAUUUACUUACUGACUAAACUUUAUGGAUUUAAUAUAAGUAUAGUAAUAUGUUUUACCCUUUAUAAAACUGCUUAUCAUCUCCAAGUAAUUGCUAAAACUGCUCCUUUAAAGUAUCUAUUUCUGAGUAAACCUAAUCUAACUAAUACACUCUUAGUUAUGGAGGAGCAAACAAUUCUUACUAAACAGGUUCUAGUAUAAUGGUUUCCUUAUUAUAAGCAAAAUAUUAUUAAGUUAUUUAACCUCUUUUAACACAAAUUUCAUUAGAAAUCGAUAUUACAGCAGCAACAAUACCAACUAACUACUUUAACUUCGAUAUGAGUUCUAUCACAUCUUUAAAAUUCUAAAGUUCAUCCAGUUAAACAAGUGUUAUAUCAUACUAAAGUUAAAUAGUAUUUAAUUAAUAUUAGAGUAUAUAAAUCUCUAACACCGAAUUUAAUUUUUUAAUAACUUAAUAAUACCCUAAUUGUGGUUUAGUAUUUUAAAAUACGUAGAGUAUAUCAUUAAACUCAAUUUAAAUAGCGACUGACACAAACUCAGUAUCAAAAAAUUAAAAUUGUUAUAAUAUAAUUGCAAAUAACACAGCUGCUUCUCCUUUACCUUUUACGAUUAAAACAAUGAGUAUUCAAAACUUAGAUUUUACUAAUAACAACCAAAUUAUUUUAUCAAAUGGAUAUUAAAUUUCUAUGGACAGUUUGACUUUAUCAGGAUGUACAUUAGGAGAUAACUUUUCUAUUAUAACACAAACAUAAGGUUCUUCUAUUUCUCUAACUAAUUCAAUUAUUUAAAAUAAUAAAUGUGCUUUAAAUUGGUCUUCAGGAAUAAUAACUUCAGCCUUGUUCUAGGGAAGCAAAAUUACUGUGAAUUCUUUACAAAUAUUAGGCAAUACUUUUUGUAACAAAUUAAUUUUUUAGAGUUUGUAAGUUGUUGAUACUAAUGUUAAAGUAGGAGAUUUAAAUACAAUAACAAUUACUAAUAAUUAAUUUGCAAAUAUUUAACCUACUGUUUUUUAUUACACAUUUUAAUAGCAACCGAUUAACGCCAUUUAGUUAAAUGGAUUAAAUUUUUAAAAAAAUACUAUUCAAUAAAUUUCUAAAUUACAGUAAGCAACAUAUAUCUCUUUAUUUAAUGUUGAUACUGUGACUGCAACUUAAGUUGAUAUUAACAAUGAAUAUUCAUUUUAAUUUGCAAAUGUGACUUCAAUAAAUUCUCUUUCUUUUACAACUAUUAAUUUUGUAAAUGAUGUAACAUUUCAACCUACAAUACCUUAAUCUAAUAAUAUUCCAUCGUGCUUCUAAUUAUAUGAAGUUUCAAAUGCUAAUAUAAAUUAGAUCUAAGUUUCGUACAAAAAUUCUCUCGAUUAGCCAUUAAUAUUAAUUAAAAACACUUAAACUUAAAAUUCAUAAAUAUCUUUUAAAGCAGGUCAAUUUUAAAAUCUUAAUCUUAACCAACCUUCAUUUAAUACUAAUGCAAGCCCAAUUCAAGUAACAUCAGUGCUUUAUCUGAAUUUAAUAUUUGAUAAUAUUGUAUUUUCAAAUAAUAAUUUAUAUAUUAACUCUUUUCCAUCAGUCUAUUCAGCAUCUGCUCUAUGGAUAGAAAACUAAUUAGGUAAUAAUACAAUAUAAAAUUCUAAAUUUCUAAACACGUAUAGUAAUUCUCAUUACAACUUUAUCAACUGUUUUGGAAAUAAUGUAACUAUAAAUGCCUCCUCCUUUUAGAAUUCAUCAUUUGUAGCUUAACCUAAAGGAAACUUAUUUCUUUAAAAAGGUGGAAUGAUUCAUAUUAAGACUUCUAACUUGAAUAUAUAAUAAUCAAACUUUACAUAGGCAACAGCUUUUAAAGGUUCCUUCAUGUAUUUAAAAUCUGUAGGAAAUCCAACUAAUGUAAAUAUAUAAUCCACUAAUUUUACUGAAGGUUAUGCGUUUUUAGAUGGUGGUGCUUUUUAUAUUGAUAAUGUCGGAGUCUAACUCAUCUUUUCUUGCAAUAAUUGCAUAUUUAAAAAUAUCUUUACACUAUAUAUGGGUGCCGCAAUUAUAGGUUUUGAGUAGCAAGGAAACAUUUAAAUAACAAAUUUAAAUUAAAUAACAUUUGAUGGUGGAUCUAUUUUAAACAUGUAUGGAGUCUAAGAUAAUUCUUUUAUUGAAACAUAUUAUGCCAACAUUCAGCUAUAAAACAUAAAAAGUAUAGGAUUAGAUAGUGUUGCUCCAAGUAGUUCAGCAGCUUAUACUCUUUAUUAAUCAAUGCAAAUGUAAUAAACUUCUCUUCUAAAUAUUCUAAACGGAGUGGCUACUAUUAAAAAUUGUGGAAUUUCUAACUUCACAAUUAAAAGUUCAGAUUCAACUUACUCCUUAUUUGUGACUGCAGUAAACUCUUAAAUAACAUUAGAUACAGUUGUUAUAUAAAAUAGUGUAUUUUAUUAAAACGCUUUCUAAAUAUCUAAGGGAUCUACUUUAAAUUUGAUAAACACUUAAAUUAUAAAUGUUAAGCAGUAUGUUUCAGGCUCUAGAUUUAUUUAAUCAUUAGUACCUACCUAUACUCCAAGCCAACAAUCUUUCUCUCUAAUUGAAGUAGAUGGUUCAACUCUUAAUAUAAGCAACAAUAGUUUAAUAUCUUAAAUAAUAUGUACUUCUAAUUGUAAUGGAAUUAUUUAAAUAACUAAUAGUUCAAUGAAUGCUGAUUCUUCCACUAUCAGUCUUUCAUAAUCUAAUUUUGGUGGUGCAAUCUUUGUGAAAAGCUUUACAGGUAAUAACUAAUGGAAUUCUUUGAUUUUAGACUAAAACUCAGCUUCUUAUGAUGGUGGCGCACUUUAUUUUAGCGCUUUAACUAGUGAUAAAUUUAAGCUUACUUUAAACUAGUGUACGAUCUCAAAUAAUGUAUCAAAAAAUGGCAGAGGUGGUGGUAUGUAUAUUACAUCUUAAAUAUCUAAUUCACUAGUUUAGUCAAUAGUUAUAAAUGACUCUAAAAUCUUAAAAAAUAAUGCUAAAGUAGGAGGUGGAAUAUUAUAUAACAAUAUUUCUCCUAAAAUAAAAGGAACUACAGUUUUCCAAGGAAAUAAAGCCUUUUAUUUUGGAAGUGAUUCAUUCUCAUAUCCUAGCCAUCUUUAUCUUUAAAAUUACACUUAAACAAAUAAUUAAGUUAUUAUUGAUUAAUUUAGGAGUGGUGGAGCAUUAAAUAAUUUAACAUUUGAAUUUUAAAAUGAUAAGAAUGAAAAAAUUUUACCUGUAAGUCUUUUAGACAUUUAAAGUUAUAGUAUUUACGUCUAAAUAGACCCAAACAACCCAAAUUUUUCAAAAUAUACUAUAAGAGGUGAUGAUACAAUAUUUUACAGCUUAAAAACUCAGUCUUUUACAUUUAACUAACUUCUAUUUGUAGGAACACCAGGAACAUCAGCAAAUAUAUAAUUCAAAUCUGAUCAAAUUUAAAUUCUUGAUAAAGAUACAAAUACUUUUAGUAAUAAUUAUACCUUUAAUAUCUUAAUCAACUUUAGGGCAUGCGAAAGCGGAGAAGAAAUUAAAGAUUACAAUGAAUUAGUAGAAUGUGCAGUUUGUCCAAAAGGAUCAUAUUCUUUUCAUAUUGAACCUUGUGCUAGCUGUCCUGAAGGGGCUACAUGCUAAGGAGGAAACAAUGUUACUGUAAAUGAAGGCUACUGGAGAAAAAAAUUUGAUAGUGUUCUUGUAGAGAGUUGCUAUAAUUUGCCUGCUAAUUGUCCUGGAGGUACUUAUGGAAAUAACAUUUGUUUCGAAGGUCAUAUUGGAGCUCUUUGUGAAGAAUGUGAUGUAAAUCUAUCUUUUUUCCUCAAAUUAUUUAUUUAUCUCAAAAAAAAUUAUUUUCUUUUAUUUUAAAUUCUAUAAGCCAAAUUUAAUUUUAACUAAUAUAAAUUAUUAUUUUUCCUCCAAAAAAUCCCUCUUCAUAAAAUUUUAAUUUUUAUUUAAUAAUAAACCUUCUAUCUUUUAGCAAGUAGACUAAUUUAAGCUUUUUAAUAUUUAAAUUUACAUAAUAUUUAGUAAUUUAAAUAAUGA